AUGAGGUUGCUCAAACCGACCUGGGUGUCUCAUGGAUUUCUGUCAAAGGACAAAGCUGUUGGUCGACCUAUAUAUAGUUUAGAUAUACAUCCUGAUGGCUCACGUUUAGCCACUGGUGGGGUAAUCGACACAUGUGGAGUUGUUGUUUUGUGGAACAUGGCUCCUAUUCGAGAUCCAACUUUAGAGUCGAGUGGUAACUCUUGUCUCAAGCUUUUUCAGAUGGACAGUCAUCAAGCUUGUGUCAACUGUGUUCGUUGGUCGCCAUCUGGUCGUUGGUUAGCGUCUGCUGGAAUGGACAAAGUUAUUAUGUUAUGGUCGAAAACAGCCGGUACAUCUCGUCCAGUUCAGGUAUUCGGUUCAAAAGAGCCUACCAAGUUUACGGAACAUUGGCGUUGCGUAUCAACACUUCGAGGUCACAGUGGUGAUAUUAUUGACUUAUCUUGGUCUCAUGAUGGAAAUCGUUUAGCUUCUACCAGUGUUGAUAAUUCUGUAAUUGUUUGGUGUCGUCAAAAACUUUCUAAUGGUUCAGGUUAUACAAGCAAUUCAUUCUAUUUACAAGCAACUUUAAGUGGACAUAAAGGUUUUGUUAAAGGUGUUACUUGGGAUCCAGUUGGUCGUUAUUUAGCUAGUCAAGGAGAUGAUUUAACUGUGAAAAUAUGGCGUACUGCAGACUGGCAAGAAGAAGCUAGUAUCAGUAAACCAUUUACAAAGGCUAGUGGACAAAGUCAAGUUAUGCGUUUAUCAUGGAGUUUAGAUGGUUCAACUCUUGCUUCACCUCAUGCUAUAAAUAAUGGAUUUCCUACUGCUAAACUUAUUGAUCGAACGAAUUGGUCACCAAGUUUAGAUUUAGUUGGACAUCGUAAACAUGUCAUUUGUGCACGUUAUAAUCCAAAUGUUUUACGUAAACAAGAUGGAUCAGGGAUUCCGGGUGCUGUUUGUUUAGCUCUUGGCAGUAAAGAUCGUUCUGUUUCUGUAUGGUCGACAGCGGGUCGUCGUGCACGAAUUGUUGUUCAUGAUCUGUUCACUAAUUCUGUUUGUGAUUUAUCAUGGAGUUCUGAUGGUCGUGAAUUAAUGGCUUGCUCACUGGAUGGCUCUGUUUGUUAUAUGGGUUUUACUCAUAAAGAAUUAGGAACUCCAUGGUCACUUAAAGAAGUUAUUCAAUUACAUUACAAAAUUUAUGGACAAAGUUUAUUAGAUAAAUUUCAUCCAAUUACAUCGAAUGGUUUAUCCACAGAUGUAGAUCCUUCUGAUGAGAAUAAAGACAAUUCAAGUAUAUUGAAUCAAAGUGAUAUCUUACUAGAAACCCCUGAAGCUUUAGCUUUGCAAAAAACUCAAGCUGAAUUACGUACAAAAUUAAAACAUUCACCAACACGAGAUAAACAAGCGAAGUGUCUUCCAAAAGGUCCAUCCAAACAGAUUGAAACUGUCAGUAAAGAUGGACGACGAAGAAUAACUCCUAAAUUUUUAGGUCAUUUGGAUAGCCCUGAUGAAGAUGCUAAUUCUAAUCCACAAUUUUCAUCACCUCAAUCUAACAGAUGUGAAAGUAAAUUGAGCUCGGAGAAUAAUUCAGACUUGAUGUCAGAUAUAAAUAAAAUAAAUCAUAUGGUAGCAAUAUCAACAACCGGAGCAAAUGUAACAACAACUCAAUCUACUAAUUCUAUUAUACCUAAAACUAUAGCCACUGAUGAUGUUCUUCCAACUGUUACACUUGUACAAGUCAACAAUAGUGUUUCUACGAGUUUUGAUAAAACAUGUACUUCGAAUGUUGUUGUUCCUACACCUAUAUCUACAAUAAGUACAGUUGAUUCGAAGGGAAACGAGACUACAUUACCGUCAACUACUGUUACUAUAUGCUCAAGUCAUUCACCUGUGGAACCAAAAAUCAACUCUGAAUCACAAUCAUUAGCUACGUUUGUUCAGGCACCAUCAAAGAAAUUAACACUUGAAUCUACUACUAUUACUAAUACUAUUCCUACUACUACUACUACCACUACUGUUAUGGACCAGGAAAGUGGGAUAGAACUGAAGCGUCCACGUUUAGAUAACAACGACGAUGAUACGGAUCAUAUUAAACCGAUCAGUGAUGAAAUGAAUAAACAAGUCACUGUUACUGGUAACAAACAACGUAAAAGACGUAUUCGAUUGUUUGCUGAAGAGGAAAAAUCUCCAAAACCAGGAUCGGAUGUUUCAAAGUCGUCUGUGUUGCAGAAUAAAAAACCUUGUUUUACACCGGAAUCAUCACCACCAAAACCGAAGCUCACCCUUGGAUCUACUUUGGAAUCUACUGAUCAUACAUCAUCAUCUGUACAAAAUCCACCUUUAGGAACGGCAAGUUUUGCACCGUUUCUAAUCACUACCUCUGAUCAACUAGGGAAUUCAUCAAAAGUUCAAUUUGUAUGUUCUAAUCUGAUCGAUGGUCCAAUUAUUGUACAGUUAAUCAACUCUUCAAAUUCAUCUACACGUGGUGAAGAAAUUCCAAAAUUAUCAAAUUCAGUCUCUCGAAUAAUUGCCAGUCGUAGUGAUCGUCGUUUAUGGGAAUUAAUAUGUUCAGAUCGUUUAACUUCGUAUGCAUAUUCAGAUGAAGUGAUUGCUGUUGGUGAUAACAAAGGUCGAAUACAAUUAAUUUACAGUACUGGUGGUCAUAUAUGUCCUAAUCUCUUAUUAGACUGUGUGCAUACAUUAGCACUAACUACUGAAACUACUGAAUCAUUUCAAUCAUCUUCAACAACUUCUAAUCGUAUUUUCACAACAUGCACAGAAUCUUCAACUACUACUACUACUACUACUACUACUACUACUAAUAAUAAUAAUAAUAACAACCUUAGUCGAUUACAUGCAGUUGUCAGUGGAAAUGAACAAAAACAAACAACACUUAUAAAUGGAAAUAAUAAUUUUACAUUAUCUAACAAUAGUAUAAUGAAUAAAUUUAAUGUAAAUCGUAAAUAUCGUCUAGCUGCUUUAUGUCGAUCUGGUAGAUUGAUAUUAUGGAAUUUUUGUUUAAAUAAUUGUGGUUUCGGUUCAAUGUCUUCUGUACUUAGUUCUUGUAUAUUUCCUCAAGUUUUAAUUGAAACCAAUAUUAAAGAUGUUUUAAAUGGUGGUCAUAAUUCUCGAUUUAGUUCACUUACAUUCGGUCCAAAUGGAUUUCCUGUUGUAUAUUUACAAGAUAAUUCAUCUUAUUUAUUUCAUAUAGAAAGUCGUAUUUGGAUUGAAUUGUUUGAUGCAUCUGAUGUUGUACGUUGUCAAUUCGCUAUGAAUUCUGCUCGUGGUUGUCCUCCUGGUCCAUUAUCUGCCUGUCAACAACUUAAUAAAGUGGCCACUAAUGUACAAAAGUCAAAUUCUUUCAGUAGUUCAAAUUCAAACGUCAUUUCGGCUUCUUGUCGAAAAGUUUCAAAUCAAAAUUUCCUUGAAUCUCAGACUCAAUUAGCGCUAUCGUUUGGAUCUUCCAAUGAAUAUCGCUAUUGGCUAACUCGUUGGUUCCGUCAACUCAUUGAAGAUAAUGAAGAAGAACGUGUUCGUCAAAUAAUUCAAGAUCUCAUUGGUCCUGUGCCUGUAACUACCAAACUACAUUCUACUUGGCAGUCUGAAGUAAAGGGUAUAUCGAGAAUUGUAUUAGCAAAAGAAUUAUUAAGUUUAUUUGCUCUUAAUUUGCAUUUACAACGUUUAUAUGUUGAAUUAAAAGAAAUGUUAAAUGAAUCAAGAUGA